UAGUGAUUCAAAAGGUAAUAAUCGUUUUCAUAGAAACCAACUAAUGCAUAUUCGUCGCAUAAGCUUGGCAACUACAGUAGUAUUUGUGGCAUAAUGAUUCAGGUUGGGGGUGUCCGGUAUUGCGGGUAUCCUGUACGACAGAUGAACGCGUCAGGUCAGGAGUGUCGAUCAAUAGGCCGAUUGCAAUUCCAACAUAUCCAGGAAGCAAAAUUUAUGAUGUUAUGUUAAAAUCUCAAUUUGAAACGAAAGUCAAUAUACAGAAGGAAACAAGUGAAUUUAAAAAAAUAGAAGUUUUUGAACAGACAAGUGAGAACGUAGCAGCUGCUAACGUGGAAUUUAGUCCCAACAGAACUACUAACAAAUCACGGUAUUGUCGUAGGAAGCAUUCUUAUCAUGUAUUUAGCAGUUCGUUGAAAUCAGGCAAAUUUUGGUUACGCAUUUUUCGACCUUGGAAGUGGCGCAAAAGGCGUAACGCGGAACGACUGCGACGAGGUACAAGUGAUCAUAGGCGAGAAAAUUCACCACCUGCUAUCAUACGUUCAUCUUUCAGCGCUUUGGAAUCACCCUUUUCUGUUCCAGAUGAGACAUACAGGCCAACUCAGUGGAACAGUUUAAACUCGUCAACCCAAGAGCCCGUUCGAAUAUUGGAUUCAUUAAAGGGAGGAAGUUCUGCUGGAAAUAUUCUCCACUUGACUACUGAAGAAAUAUUAGUGCAACCAGUUCAAAAAGUUGUAAUUGUUGAGCACAAAAAUACAUCUAGUGCAUGUAAUCUAACGAAUAUCAAGGAUGUGAAAACAAAUACUGGUCAUCUUACGGUAGAAAAUUUGAUAGACUUCGAAGCUGCUUCCAUUGCAACUCAAGCCGAACAACUUGGUCAGGAAAGAGCAAGCAUAAAUGGUAAGCAGUUUACCGAUCAAGAAUACAUAACUUUCCAAAUGGAUCCCAGAGAAAUCAAAAGUGCAGUUGUUGAAGAAAUCGUUGCAAAAGAGCCUGAUCUGUCAGCACGACCAAACAAACCUGUUCUAAAGAAGCCUGGUGCACCUAGUAGAUUCAGACUUGUGAAACGAACACCAAGUCAAAAAAUACGAUUGAGUGAAAGGAUUUCCGGAACAGUAGGUAUUGAUCGUCCUAAUCAACCGCUAAGCUCCAAUAGGACGGAGUUACCAUCCAGACUGACUGAUGAUAGCGACAGCGAUACAGACAUCCAGUAUCGCGAUGAUGAAUUAGGCAAACGUCAUAGUAUUGGUUAUAGUACGAAUCCAGCCAUUGCAAGUCGUAUCGUAUCGUAUCCUCUAUCUAGUGAAGAUGAUGAAGAUGUUCCACUGACAAGUUUUGCAUUACGGGUAACUAGAAAGGACACAUUUGCAAAAACAUUAAAUGUACGUGAUCCUGUCGAUGACAUUCCGAAUCAAACAUCCGAUGAUAGACUGCGACUGAUGCACAAAGCAAGUAUCAAAUUGGAAAGGAAGUUAAGUGAACGUCCUUCUGUUGAAGAACUGGAGCAACGUAAUAUUUUGAGAGCCAAAGACGCUUCGAUUUCUUCCAAAAUGGCCAUGGACGAAACACGCAAAGUCUUAUUGCGUAAGCUGAGUUUUCGUCCAACAAUACAAGAGCUGAAGGAUAAGCAGAUAAUCAAAUUUAAUGAUUAUGUGGAAGUAACAGAAGCAGAAGCUUAUGAUCGAAAAGCAGACAAACCUUGGACAAGACUGACACCAGUUGAUAAGGCACUGAUCAGGAAGGAGCUGAACGAUUUCAAGGCAACAGAGAUGGAUGUGCAUGAGGAAAGCCGUAUAUUUACGAGGUUUCAUCGCCCGUAA